CUGGGAGACAAGAAGGCGUGUCCAUUAAAUAUGAUUUAAAGAAGCUGGGAAAGCCCUCCUCGCGCUGUCUGUCACUACAGUCUCACGCGGACAAACAAGACUAGGCUCCCUAUGGCAGCCGCGCGACCAGCGAAAGGAGGGAAUCCCCGCCGCUUGCUUCUUUGCUAAUGCAUUUGCAUCAGCGUUCCACCGCUUCACUGCAGUUUUUAAUGCUCCAUGUGCCGCGUGCACGCAGGGCACGGGCGUACACCAGGCGCAACUAGGCGUGACAAGACUGGGAAAAGCGCCUUGAAACCUAGCUGCAAUCCAUGCAAGACAGGCGGUGCGGUGUUGCACUGAAGAAACCCGUCUGAAAUUUAUCAAGCUAAUAUGAAAUGUUCGUAGACGAGAUGUGUUUUCCCUUUGGCUGGUUUCCGAAAGAAAUAUUGUGAUUCUUUUAUUUUGCUAGCAAGCUGGCCGUUUCACCCCGCAGAUUCUAACUUCAUUCUGCUUUUUCAUUUUUUAAAUUCAGACCAGGAUUUACAGUCUCUUCCAAGGUCUUGACGACAAUCACCGAGCGACUUCGAUAUGGCUUUAAGUGGAAUGCUUUUGCCAUCUUUAUCUACCUUUGCUAGUGGCCCCGGUGUCAAGGAUAAGCCGAUGGAAACGGGCACGGCUAGUUCGAGACAGAAGGAAGACCUGUCCUGCCUAAAGAGGUCCUUUCUGCCCAAAGACAGUGGCUGUGCAGACCUCCCCACUGCCACGGCUAAGAAGGAGCCAGAAGACCUGGAUCUUCUGGAUUAUGACUUUAUACUGUCCAAUACCAUGCAGCCACAGGAUACCCUGACCAGCAACUCCCAAAAUCUGCCCCCUUCUCCUGGGUCCUUCCCCUACCAGCUCCCCUCCCCCCAGAGCACUGCCGGGGACGUCUUGUACGCCAUUCCGGACAUCAGUGAUGUGUCCCCUUCUGGUGGCUUUGUGGCGGAGCUGUUGAGGCCUGACCUGGACCCUGUGUUCCUGCAGUCUACAAGUCUACAGGGGAAGUUUGUGGUGAAGACUACCAUGGACUUGGCAGACUACAGCCAGGGCAUAAGUGUCAGUAAAAGCAGUGAUGGGGUAGACCUCACUCUGCCCUUCACCUGCCCGCAGAUAAAACAGGAAAGCUCCAUCACUCGUACCGACAUCCAGCCAGCAGACGGCCAGCUUACCGUCAGCUCCAGCCCUAGGACCGGCCGAAGACUCCUCCGAGACCCACACGGAUUCAUGGAAACCAGCCUUCUGUCUGGAGAGGAUGGUCUGCGAAGAGAACGGAAGACCUCCCCUCAGCCCUUAGGGCCCCCGUCUUUGCCUGUUCCACGAGGAUACUCUUCACCUGCUGAGUAUGCUUCACUGCAGCAGGAAAGGUGCACUGCAUCCCUGCACUAUCAAGAGCUCCUGACACCAGGGAGCUGCCUGGCGGAGGAACCCAAGCCCAAACGUGGACGCCGUUCCUGGCCCAGGAAAAGGAUUGCCACCCACACGUGUGACUAUGCUGGCUGUGGAAAAACCUACACCAAGAGUUCCCACCUCAAGGCACACCACAGAACACACACAGGGGAGAAGCCAUAUCACUGUGACUGGGAGGGAUGUGGCUGGAAGUUUGCCCGGUCGGACGAGCUGACCCGUCACUACAGGAAACACACAGGGCACCGGCCCUUUCAGUGUCAGAAGUGUGACCGGGCCUUUUCCAGGUCAGACCACCUCGCUCUACACAUGAAGCGCCAUUUAUGAGACCAGACUGAGCCGAGGGAAAGCAAGCGCUCGCUCGUCCAAACCGCGCUGCCUUUGAGCAGUCAGCAUACUCCACGACACGCUGUGACUUCCACAGCAAAGAACCGUUCACUCGGGCUCGAACCGCAUACAACUGCAGCACUUCCCAAUGAACUGGAACCAGCCCAAGAUCUCUCAGAUACAUAUUUGGCUGUUACAUAUUUGAUCUCACGAUCUACAGGACUAAACUGGAAUUUUCACUGACAAGACUUGGUGGACCAGGUGCCAAAAUAAGACUGGAAAUAUAUGAAAAUCAGGGAAAAGUUGUGACAGAUGAUUGCUAAAAGAAUAGGGACCUUUCACCAGCAACAUGCCAUUUGCCUUCCCAAGAACACUGUUAGACAUUUUAUAUUAUACAUAUAUUUUUAUAUUCUUCCUGCCAACCAUUAUUCUUUAUUUAUUUUUUUUAAUUUCAGGUACUGAAGAUAUUUUUCAGUUAUUGGAUUGCUCUCAGUGAUUUAAAAUGUAUUUAAAAGUACCAAAGGACGAAUGAAAGCAAUUUUAACAUAUUUUACUGACUCCAGGGCUGAAGGGCCACAGUGCCUGUAGGUUUUGAUGUGCUACAGCAGCUGAUUAAAUAUAUUUUAAAAAUAUAUUAUUUCCAUUUUAGUGUAUGUUUUUAAUUGGGCCAGACAAGUUAUAUGUGCAAUGUAGGCUAGUUUGGAUACUAUUGUCUUUUUUUGGGGGGGGGGGGGGGUUAGGGCUAGGGUGGGCCACCUCCCAUCUUGGCUACUCAGAGUUAGUGGUAAAAAGCAAGAUCAUUUUGGGGGGGGUUGUAUUCUAAAGUAAGACAGCUCCCAUCCAGCAACUCCAAAGCAGCUUGCUCAGUAUGUUUCCAGUAUGAACAGAUAUUUAAUCAGGUCAUCUGGAGGCUAAUUUGUAGUUGCUUGUUGUGCGUUUUCUUGCUUUUGUCCAUUUUGCUCCCAAAUGAUCCUGCGGCCAUUUUAAAGACUUCACAUAAUCAGAGACUUCUGUAACUAUCUAAAAUAUCCUUCAUUGUGCACAUAAACAGUCUGUGAAAAUUUUAACAUACAAUAAAACUGAAAUGACAUCAAAAAAGUGAUCCUUUUCAGCCAGUAACUGGCUGUAGAGGCCACAGAUGUGGUUUGCGGGGCUUGGGGUGGCUGUUUGGGCAGAGGGCGCCAAGUCCUGCAGUCUGGGGCCCUUCCUGACGUUCACACCCUGCUUCAGAACGACAGCUCCACUGCACUGUGGCGCAAAGUGCAAUAACUUCAGUCACCGAGUGAAACACAUAAAAAAAACUCUGAACAAAGGUUUUGUUCACAGACAAAUUAUGUAAUGUAUAUAUUAUGUUUUUGUACAUUUGUAAAUAAAACAUUUUUUAAGGUUUGUAUUCUUUUAAAA